CCCGGGACGCGGGAAGUUUCAAUCUCCUCAGGCUGCGGUGACGAUCGCCUCCGUCCCUGCCACCCUGCCCGACCUCCUCUUCCUCCUCCUCCUCCUCCUCUCCCUCCUCCUCCUUCUCUUUACACUCCUGACUCCGGGAGAUUCCCCGAGUGGAAGCGGAGAAGCUCAAGUCGCCGCCAUGUCGAAGCAUACUUCCCCGUGGAGUCGGGGGCGCUGGGGCCUGAGGAGAACUUUCUGUCCCUGGACGACAUCCUGAUGUCCCACGAGAAGCUUCCGGUGCGCACAGAGAUCCCCAUGCCCCGCCUCGGCGUUUUCUCAGACCGGAGCUCGGGCGCCGAGAGCGACCACGCCAUCCCACAGGGCUCAAAGCUUGAGCUGCCCCUGUGGCUGGCAAAGGGGCUCUUUGACAACAAGCGGCGGGUCCUUUCCGCGGAGCUUCCCAAGCUCUACCAGCAGGGCUGGAGGACAGUGUUCAGCGCCGAUGCCAACGUGGUGGACCUGCACAAAAUGGGCCCGCAUUUCUAUGGCUUUGGCUCCCAGCUCCUGCACUUUGACAGCCCAGAGAAUGCAGAUAUCUCCCAGUGUCUGCUCCAGACAUUCAUUGGACGCUUUCGCCGCAUCAUGGACUCCUCCCAGAACGCUUACAACGAAGACACUUCAGCCCUGGUAGCCAGGCUAGAUGAGUUGGAGAGGGGCUUAUUUCAGACGGGGCAGAAAGGACUGAAUGACUUCCAGUGUUGGGAGAAGGGGCAGGCUUCUCAACUCACGGCUUCUAGCCUCGUUCGGAAUUACAAGAAGAGAAAAUUCACCGACAUGGAGAACUGAAGGCCAGAAAGAGUCGCUCCUUGCAGGCACAGCCCCUGCUUCCUGCCAUAUGUUCUUGGAAAGAGCUGGUUGACCUUGUACAGGAGCAGAAUCGGGUCCCAUUUCACGGGCCUGCUUCCUGCAGCAGUCUAAGGUGGGGCCAUCUGGUUAUGAGCGGACCUGCUAGACGAGGUACUUGGCCCUUAAGUCUCUGGAUGCUCCCACCCUGCUCACCCAAGAAGCUGCAGCUAAGGAGAAUCAGUCUUCCUUGAACAGGUCAUGGACAUACCUCACAGCCAAGUUGGAACUGGAUGCCUUGUGCCUGGGAAUUUGGAGAGCCUCAUUUGUCCGGCCUCACCAGCUACAGAGAGCAGAUGCGAACUGGGCCAUCUCUGGAGCCUGUCUGCCUCCUCUUUCUCAUGGUUGCACAGGGGACAGCAUCCCCACAGUGCUGGUCCAACUUGUAAAUACCUCCUGCCGCCCGCCCAUGGGGAAUGACCCAAAUUUCCGUAAGGCAAAAGCCGAUGAAUGGAAUGGCUUUCACUAAAGACAGCAGGUAGCUUUGGUCCUGUGCAACCAGGGAUUCAGAAAUUGGAAUUCACACAACUCUGCACUCAGCCUGGAGGAGCUGUGGUUCAGCUGAGCUUGAUUUUGUCUCUGACAUCGUUGGAGCACCCGCAAAUUUAGUCUGUUCCCUGUCGAGAAAGGCUGUCAGGGAGCCACUCGAAGGUGCAGAGUAGUCAUUAAAGGGUGUUAACCAGCCCUCACAUCUGCAAAUCAAGACGUGCUGGGAAGAGCCCUGUUGGAGACACUUAGCGUGGCAGGUGUAAGUGGGCCAGAGCCUUGCUUCUUUUCUGCUCCUCAGUAGACUUGGCAGCAUUAUUGCAUAGAGGAUCCCUGGCCUGUCACUGGGGCUGUGUGGAAGCCAGCGCCAGCCAGUGCCAAACUCUUGCCUUUGUUGUUGAAAAUUAUAGCGGGAUUUAGGACUCCAGAUUGUGCAGAUGUCUUGAUGCCAACUUAGGAUGACAUACAUGCUUUUAAAGUGCUGUUUUAAAGUUGGAAUUGGUGUUUUUAUAAUUUGAUUUUAGUGUUAAAUAAACGAUGGGCUUUGCC